GGCGGCGGCGGCGGAGCUAGGGACGGGAGCGCGCGCAGGAGCUGGAGAGGACCGUGGUCUCCGCGCCCCGCCGGGUCCGCAGCUAGGGGUGCUCCGGCGGCUGCAGCUCCCGAACGGGUAGUAGGGGAGGGGGGAGGGGGGACGCCAGGCAGGUGGGGGCACGAAAGCGAUGAGGCCUCUGCUCUUCCUCCUCCUCCUCCGGGACCCUCUCUCUGCCUCCCGCUCCAACGCCCGGAUGAUCUGAGCCGCGAGGGCGCCGAGAGCCGGGGGCCCGGACGCAACCCGGCUCCACCCCUCCGCCGCCCCAUCCCCGGCCCGCCGCCACCGCGGUGACCCUCUUUUCGCCCCCUCCCCGGCCGCUGUCGCCGCCGCCGCCUCGGCCGACCAGGGACCUGCCCGCCCGCGGCUGCUCCGGAUUUAUUAAAUAAGCCUGGAGCCUUUUCUUAAAAGACAACUGACACUGGAGAACCUUCUACCACCCGCAGUUUUUUAGAUACGUUUUGAACAUUUCAUCACCGGAGACCUAGAGGAUCGAGACAUAAUGGGAGCAUUUUUAGACAAGCCAAAGAUGGAAAAGCAUAAUGCCCAGGGGCAGGGUAAUGGGUUACGAUAUGGGCUAAGCAGCAUGCAAGGUUGGCGAGUUGAAAUGGAGGAUGCACAUACAGCUGUAAUCGGUUUGCCAAGUGGACUUGAAACAUGGUCAUUCUUUGCUGUUUAUGAUGGGCAUGCUGGUUCUCAGGUUGCCAAAUACUGCUGUGAGCAUUUGUUAGAUCAUAUCACCAAUAACCAGGAUUUUAAAGGGUCUGCAGGAGCACCUUCUGUGGAAAAUGUAAAGAAUGGAAUCAGAACAGGUUUUCUGGAGAUUGAUGAACACAUGAGAGUUAUGUCAGAGAAGAAACAUGGUGCAGAUAGAAGUGGGUCAACAGCUGUGGGUGUCUUAAUUUCCCCCCAACACACUUAUUUCAUUAACUGUGGAGACUCAAGAGGUUUACUUUGUAGAAACAGGAAAGUUCACUUCUUCACACAAGAUCACAAACCAAGUAAUCCACUGGAAAAAGAACGAAUUCAGAAUGCAGGUGGCUCUGUAAUGAUUCAACGUGUGAAUGGCUCUCUAGCUGUAUCAAGGGCCCUUGGGGAUUUUGAUUACAAAUGCGUCCAUGGAAAAGGUCCUACAGAGCAGCUUGUCUCACCAGAGCCUGAAGUUCAUGAUAUUGAAAGAUCUGAAGAAGAUGAUCAGUUCAUUAUUCUUGCAUGCGAUGGUAUCUGGGAUGUUAUGGGAAAUGAAGAGCUCUGUGAUUUUGUAAGAUCCAGACUUGAAGUCACUGAUGAUCUUGAGAAAGUUUGCAAUGAAGUAGUCGACACCUGUUUGUAUAAGGGAAGUCGAGACAACAUGAGUGUGAUUUUGAUCUGUUUUCCAAAUGCACCCAAAGUAUCGCCAGAAGCUGUGAAGAAGGAGGCAGAGUUGGACAAAUACCUGGAAUGCAGAGUAGAAGAAAUCAUAAAGAAGCAGGGGGAAGGCGUCCCCGACUUAGUCCAUGUGAUGCGCACAUUAGCAAGUGAGAACAUCCCCAGCCUCCCACCAGGGGGUGAACUGGCAAGCAAGCGGAAUGUAAUUGAAGCCGUUUACAAUAGAUUGAAUCCUUACAAAAAUGAUGACACUGACUCUACAUCAACUGAUGAUAUGUGGUAAAACUGCUCAUCCAGCCAUGGAAUUUACCAUCACCUCCGAAGGAGAGCACAGCUCAACUUGGUUGAACCUUUUAACAUCCAUCCUCAACAUUAAGGAAGGAGCUAUGACAUGACAUUGGGUGAGCGUGAUUACACCAGAGAGCUUCAGCAGUACAACAGCUAGCCCAGAACUGAUUUGUUUUGUUUCCUUUUGGGUUUUUUUUUUUUUGUAAAUUUGAGACUUACAGAAACAUGAUUUCAAACCAUAAUUCAUGUUGUAAAUCAGACUCCAGCAAUUUUUGUUGUAUGAUUUUUUUUUGUAAAGUGUAAUUGUCCUUGUACAAAAUGCUUAUAUUUAAUUAUGAACUGCUUUUAAAAUCACUAUCAAUGAUACAAGAAAUGUUUGGCUUGUUAUGUGAUGCAACAGAUAUAUAGCCCUUUCAAGUCUCGCUGUGUUCGGACUUGGGAUUGGAACAGGGAGAGCAGCAACCACAUCACUAGACACUCAAAUGUGCACAUGAUUAUGGAGAAUAACUUCAAAGUCAUACAAAGUCGGAUAUCCAAGGAGUUAUGGAAACUGUCUUAAUGUUCUUGGCAGGGGAUUGGCAUUGUUGAUGAAGCCUUCCCUUCAUUUAACUGUCAUAUAGGCUAUUCUCUCCUUGUUGCCAUGAGUAUUGCAGGUAAUAUAGUAUAUUCAUAAGAAUAUCAAUCUUGGGGCUAAAAUGCCUUUGAUUUUUGGACCUCUUUUACAAGUCCUUACAUUUAAUUCCUAAUUGAAAAGCAGCAGCUUCCUACAUAUAGUAGGAGACUGCCACAUUUUUUUUUAUUUUUUAUUUUUAUUUUUUUGCUAUCAUGAUUGGCUGGGCCUGCUGCUGUUCCUGGUAAGAUAUUCUGAAUUCAUUUUAUCAAUAAAGCUUGACUUAACAAACAAGAAAUUUAAUCAUGUAUGUGUAAUUCCUCUUCUACCCCGGCCUUUCAGAACACCAUGCCAUUGUAAAUGAUAGGGAAUGAUUUCUCAUAGGGAAACAUGUUAGUCUCUUAAUCGGACGAUACUGAUACUCCAGGUCAAGAUGGAACUGUUCCUUUCCAUUAGAAAGAUUUAAAGUCUCUGUUUAUUAAUCUUUUUUCAAGUAGGUUUAUUUCAGACUGCUUACUUUUCAUUAAGACAUGCAUCAGCUUGAAUUUACCUACUGUUUAAUUAAAAUAAUUGUCAAAGUUUGACAAUCUAACACUCUAUGGUAGGUAUGUGUGUGUUUGUGAGUAUGUGUUUGCCUGUGAUUUUUAAUUGGCCCAUGUCUUUAGACUCUUAAGUGGUUAAGAUGUAUUUGUGAUUUGAAAUAUAGCAUGAUGAUAAUAUUUAGCUGUUGGCCUUUUAAAAUAAAUUUCAAAGUUUAAGAAACUGUAGAUAUAAAAAUACCUAAUUUAAUUUAGGUUUAAAUUCUUCUAAGCAUGUGAAAGUAAGUUUUACAGUCUGUCACAUCGAAAAGACUACUGUUCUGUGUCCCUCUGUAUUUUUGUCUUUUUAGUUGAUUAUUGUAUUUAUCACUAUGUAAUUGAAUCAGUAGGCAGAGUCCCCCAUGAGAAAACUAUUAAAAUGUAAGAUUAAAAUACAACAUUAAAUACAAAUCAAAACUUUGUGUAUAAAGCUAGUAUAGUUCAUUUUGUUAUAUUUGUUUUUCCCUAACUUGGAAAUAUACAUAUUUGUAUAUAUAGCCUUAAAACUAAUGUAAAGUUAGGGGAAUAGUAGGAAAAGUAAUGUUGAUGUCUCCAAUUUAAGUAGCUACAUACUAGCAAACUCUUUCAUUAUCCCUCUUAUUUAUGAGGUGAUUAAAUGUAACUUAAUUGUAUUUAAUUUGUAUUUUAAUCCAGCAUGAAUAAAAACGGAAAUACUAUUUAUAUUUAGAAAUUUAUAACAAUUGGAAUUACAAAAACAAUUCCAUACUUUAACUUAUAAUAAAUGCUUAAUGUCUAAAUCUGUGGUAGAGUGCGAAAUAUGGUAAUGUUCUAAUUUACGGCUUUGCAAACAUCUAAAAGUGCAUUUAAUGUCUAACAGUGCUUCUAGCACAGGUUUACUAGACAUACUAGUACUGAAAGUUAAAUUCCUAUUACAACAAGCUGGUUUCUAUUUUUUUUUCAAUAACCUGAAGUUUUUUUAACUUUUUAAUUUCAAAAGCUUGAAUCUUGAAAUGUAAAACUUAAAUCAUAAGUAAAAUAUGUGAAGAGCUGUAUUUCAAACCAUAACAGCUUAUUUAGAACCUUUUUUUAUUUGAAUGUUUUUAAACAAUGAAGGAGAAAUUAAAAUGUUCCUCUUAAAAAUUCAGCUGAAAUUGAGAGAAAGUUGCCACAGUGUGGUCCAAGAAGACUGAAGGUGAAGUCUUUUCACAUGAACCAGUACUAUGCCAUUUUUUUUGUUAGAAAAAUACAGGAAGGAACCGCACCAUUAUCCCAGCAGAACAUAGGCGUUCCCGACUGGGGAUGAUAGUUAGGGUGGGCAGCCCACCCUGUGGUCACCUGUCACUUUCACUUGUGCACCUCCUUUGUGUGCACUUCAUUUUGUAUGUAUGUUGAACAUUCUUGGCCGUCACUCCUUUUUUCUUAUGCUAUUAACAUCUCAGGGCAAAUGCCUCAAAAAUCUUUGGUGUGUAUCCUUUUUUUCUUUUUGGAGGGAAAAAAGUUCUUGGGAUAUUCAAAGUAUACAUUCAUGUUAAUAGGAAGCUCAGUUUUGUAUAGCAGGCAAGAGACAACUCAUGUCAAUCUCUGAUUGUUUUAAGAAGGUAUAGUCUCCAAAUUUUAAAUGUGGGGAGAAUAUACUUUUACAGAUAACAGAAGGAAGUUCUUGUUAUUAGCAUUAACUUUAAAAAUAAAAAAGUGGUAUUCACUAAUCUUUAGAAGUAGCCUCAAAUUUGUUUUUAGUUAUCACAUAUGAAUUGGCUUCUAGAGAACUAUAAAGUUUCCCAGCUACUUCAUUUUUAGAACAGUGUAUGGAAAAAAAGCUGGGCAUGGAGAUGGAAAGACAGAAGGAUCUCACGUCUGAGGCAAGCUUGGGCUACUUAGUGAGACCCUGUCUCAAAGAGAUAAAAAAAAAUUUGGAUUAAAAAUUACAUCAGCUGUAAAAUUCAAAUAACCUGAAUUAUAGCAUUGCUUUUAAUGUUUGAUCACAUAUUAGUCUGGCUAAUCAGUUUUCCAAAAAGUAUGGUGAUUAUUGUCUAUGAAAUGCUGUUCUGGGUCAACUACCAUGGGACUAUACAGAGAUGAAAUAGGUCCUUACCUCAGGGAGUUUACAUUUGAGUCAGUCUAGUUUAUCUUAAUAUUAUACCUGAAUCCAUGUCUAUCAGCCAACUGACUUUCCUUAACAAAGCCCCUGCCCUAAAGAGUACAUUGAUACUUUAUUUAUCUGAAAAUUCUUUUUUUUUUCUUCCCCAGAGUUCAAAAUCUCAUUCAAAAGAAAAUUUUGCUUAGUCUAAAAGUAAAAUUGGAUUGAUGAGGCAAGACUUGAGUCUAUUCAGAAUUCCUGAUUGUCUAACAAAUGGCCUUCGUUUUUCCUGCUGACAGCAGCAAAUCAGAGAACUGAUGGAUUUCUUAUAAUUCUUGUACCUUUGGUAAUACUGAUGGAUUUACAGCAUUGUUCAUGCAUUCAUAUGUGUCUGUGUAUACAUGUAUGUUUCUAUAUAUGUAUACACAUGUUUGUUUACACAUGUGUGUAUAUAUAAUCUUAUUUAUAACUUUUAAUUAUAACACAAUGCUGGUGUUAAUAACAGUUUUGCCAAAUGUGAAAAUGUGUUUGAAUAUUUAAAAAAAUUUCACUGCCCAUCGUUACUAAACAAAUUCACAUGAAAACUUAGCAUGUGAUUUCUAAAAACUGAUGAAAUUAGAUACUACUUUUCUUGAUCUUAAUUUUGGAAUACAUGGUAUACUUUUUAUUCACACUUUACUGUUUUACAGUAUUAUAUUCAAUUUUGGUAUUAGAAAAUGUAUGUAAAUAUUUCAUUUUGUAAAUGUUUCUCAUUUGAGGUUUUUCUUUGAAGGGACCUGCAAAUUGCAUAUACUUUUACUUACAUAUUUUGCAAGUGAGGUAACCAUUUUUAAAUCGAGUGACAGUUGAGUCUUCUGAUUAACUUUUCUUUAUAGUUUAAAUUUUUAGAAACCUAAUUUUACUUUUAUCCUUCAAUAAUGUGCCACAUGUUUUGUUUGUAUUUGUUUUAAAUUAUAUAUACUUAAAGAUAUGCUUGAAAUAUUGAAGAACACAUUUUCUAAAUAUGUAAUACUGAAUUAUUUUGUUGGUCAAAUACUAAAUUAAAUGUUUGUAUGAAUGGUGGUCAGAAUGCUCUGCAGAAUUAGAGACAUCAGCUCCUCUUUUUGUCAGAUGAGCAUUUCCCACUUCAGUUCACUUCAGCACAGGUUAUUUCCCUCUUACCUGCUAUAUAGAUUAAGCUAGUGGCCUCUUCUCUCACUGUUCCUAUUUAUAUUAGCACAAGUAGGAGUAUCAAUUAGGAAAAUUAGAUUGCAGUGACCUUGCAGUUGACUUAGGUUUUUAUGACAUGGGGGUAGGGAUUAAAUUGAAAAACAGAAAUACACUUUUCUUUAUCCUGCAUGAAAUACCCCAUUUCCUGUAUUCCCUCUUGAUGUUCUCUCUCUCCUUCAAAUUGAAAUAGGUCAGUUCCAUUCUCUUAAGCAAGAAAAUGAUGUAUUAUUACCUCAUCAAGGCCAACUAAUAUUUUGUUAAACUGGGCUGAAAAAGAGAAAACAUGGGAUAUGGAGUGGUGAAAAGAG